GCCUCUUCUUUUGUUCUCAGUAACUACUAAAACAUUAAAUUGGCCUAAGUAACAGCAGUUUCAGGCCAACACUGCCCUUUACCCCAAACACACACCUGCUUUACGUUUAUAAAGUUUAUUAUCCGUUAAUAAAAACUAAAAACUGGGGGUCCGUGAGGGGUCAUGGCAGUGCGCCCUCUGCCUGAGGUGCGUACAAAGACAAUGCCCUAUUAAGGCCCAGGACGCCCCCUGCCCGAGGCUCCUCUUUUUGGACCAAAGCUUCCCAUAUGAUUCAUUGAAUCGCACCGGGCAACAUGAUUCCAUCUGAUCUACAGGUUUCACUUAUUCAGACUAGUCCGGCUGCAUCUCUUGGAUUUGAUUGUUUUCUGUCACAAAAUUGAAGUUGUCUCGGAAAAUAAUGCAAUUCACUUCCGUCCGGAGUCCUCCUGGAAGGAAGGCUGAUCAACUUCACGGAUGAACCGUAGCGGGACGCUUUCAGACCUGAGCUCAUCAUGAUGGAUGAAAUGUUGCUUACAACGGUGAAUACAAAUAACUGGAAGGUUCUCUGAGAAGGUGACUGGAGUCUUGCAAGAUUGGCAGAACCCAUUAAGAAGCAACCUGUAAAAGCAUAUCCAGGCACGGCUACAUCCGAGAAUGAAGAUCAAAUAUACACUACCCAUUGUCUUUGUUGUGGCACUUGUUAUCAUUGAGAAGGAAAACAACAUUAUCUCAAGAGUGUCAGAUAAGGUUGCCUUAAAGCAGACCCCCCAGAACCCUCUACAGUCCAGUGGUUUCUCCACCAUAUUGCUGAAGCAAAAUGGUUCCUUGACCUCACCCAGCAGGAUGAAGUCUGCCUUCACCCUGAUGAAGCGGCGCCUGGAGAACUACAGUGUGCACCAGGAGGUGAUGACAAGGGGCAAAAAACACAUUCUCCUGCUGGCCACCACCAGGACGGGCUCCUCCUUUGUAGGCGAGUUUUUUAACCAGCAGGGUAACGACAUGUUUUAUCUGUUUGAGCCGCUGUGGCACGUGGAGAGGAUGUUGACGCUGGAGAAUGGAGGCACGAAUGCUACAGCAGCAGCCAAAGCAUACCGUGACGUGCUCCAGCAGCUCUUCCUGUGUGACUUCUCCUUGCUGGAGAGCUUCAUUGACCCCCUCCCUGUGGACCACAUCACCAAUGCCCUCUUCCGCAGAGCAUCGAGCAGUUCUUUGUGUGAGAACUCGGUCUGUAGCCCCUUCAUUAAAGGAGUAUUUGAGCCCUAUCACUGCAGGACCAGGCGCUGUGGACCCCUGAAUCUGACCAUGGCAUCCGAGUCCUGCCUUAAAAAGGAGCAUAGGGCCAUCAAGUCAGUGAGGGUGCGCCAACUGGAGACUCUCCGUCCUCUGGCUGAGGACCCACGCCUUGAUGUAAAAUUCAUUCAGUUGGUUCGGGAUCCUCGGGCUGUACUGGCCUCUCGCAUGGUGGCAUUUGCAGCCAAAUACAGAAAUUGGAAGCAGUGGGCCAUGGAUGGGGAAGUGCCCAUUGAUGAUGACGGAGUCAAAAAUCUGAAAGGUAACUGUGAUAACAUCAGGAUGUCUGCAGAGAUUGGCCUCAGGCAGCCACUGUGGCUGGGCAGACGUUACAUGCUAGUGCGGUAUGAGGAUAUUGCUCGGUUCCCCAUGAGGAAGGCAAAGGAGAUGUACAGGUUUACUGGAAUCCCGUUCACGCCACGGGUGAAAUCCUGGAUCCUGAGGAACACACAGGCCUCCAAAGGCGCCAGUGGUGUUUACUCUACACAGAAAAAAUCCUCAGAACAAGUAGAGAAAUGGAGGUUCACUUUACCUUUCAAAAUAGCUCAGGCUGUGCAGAAGGUUUGUGGACAAACACUGAAGCUUUUUGGAUACAAAUUUGUAAGCAGUGAAGAAAUGUUAACAAAUAAGUCUAUUAGUUUGAUUGAGGAUAAAGUGUUCAACUUUUUAUAGACUAAUGGGCAUGA